AACUCUAAAGCAAAUGCACUUACAGAGUUAGUUGUGAAGACAAAGAAGUUAAAUCAAGUUGGAAAAAAAUCAGUGCGAUGGCACUUACACUGGAAAAAAUACUUGAGGCCUUGCUGAAAGCGGUGAGAAGAAGAAAGCAGAAACCAAGAGGGAUUCGCGAUAAAAGUCCAACAGAGGACGAACAAAAGAAAGAGGAACGUAAGGAAGAAACCAUCAACUGGGUAUAUCAGAAAAUCCUGGACUUGACGCAGAUCGUGUUAGAUCAGCUCCUUAUCUUUGUAAACAAAGCCAUUAUGCGAGUGCUCGGUGACAGCCAAGACCCUGAGGAGUGCCUUUCCCAUGAUGGCAAUGUGCAAAAAACCGCACUAGAUGCACUGUUGGAGUUUCUAAGGCGGAAUUUGGGAUUACAAAUGGCCCUUAAUUAAGGAAGUCCAAUGAAUUAAAUAAAGUCUGGGCCCGCAAUCCAUGGGAACACUAAAAGUGUUCCUGGCACCUAAAUAAG